UUUGAGGUUCUUUUGAAUGCUGGGAAGGUGAUCCGCCAUGUUGGAAUUUGGUGCAAGUUUACUCCACCUAAAGUUGGAUUUCCUCUCCCCAAUACUUCUGUUUCCCGGCUCUGAUUACAUUUUUACCAUGUGAUAUACGAAAGCCGUACACGCGUUUGCAUCCUAGUCGAGUAUUGGAAUUGAUCACUAUGAAAAAACUAUUUUUUUCCUCGAGUGCUUCGAGUGACUUGCAGAACAGCUUCGUUGGCAAGAGCUACCGAGUCGGCCGAUUCUCAUGUACWGUAGAAGAYGUCAUUGCCGAAGGUGGGUUUGCUGUUGUUCUCCUUGUSAAAGCUACAAAUGGCAGACGAUAUGCCUUGAAAAGAGUUUCAGUCAACAACAAGCAUGACUUAGAUAUCUGUAAACAAGAAAUAAAUAUUAUGAAACUUGUCAGUGGUCACAAAAACACUAUUUYAUUUCUGRAUUUCUCUAUUAAUCAAAUCAAGGAAGAGAUUUUUGAAGUGUUGAUUUUGAUGGAAUAUUGCAAAGAUGGACAUGUUGUUCAGCUAAUGAAUGAACGUAUCAAUGAUGGCUUCAAUGAAUCGCUAGUGUUAAAGAUCUUUUCUGAUACCUGUGAAGCCGUAGCACAGCUUCAUCAAGCUAAACCUCCUGUAAUACACAGGGAUCUCAAGGAUGAAGGCCCUACUAAAGUAGAGGAAGAAAUUCAAAAAUACACAACACUAUCUUACAGAGCACCAGAAAUGGUGGACUUGUACAGUGGCAAAACAAUAUCAACCAAGUCAGACAUAUGGGCUCUUGGAUGUCUUCUGUACAAAUUAUGUUUUUUUACUUUGCCUUUUGGUGAAAGUACUCUGGCCAUCCAAAGUGCACAGUUUUCUUUCCCAGAAAAGUCACGUUAUUCCAAAGAACUCCACAGCCUAAUCAGCUAUUUAUUGACACCAGACCCUGAUACCAGACCAGACAUCUAUCAAGUAUCACACAUUGCCUUCAAAUUAAGAGGAUUGGAGUGUCCAGUCAUCAAUAUUAAUGUAAGCUGUUGUGUGUUUAUAAGGGUAAACGAUGGACCUGUGACGACAUCAUUGACAGCAAGACAGCGACCGCGGGCUGCAGGACAGCCGAACCAACCCAACACUUCUACUCAAUAUAUUCAAACACACAACCCAAGUCAUCUUAGUCAUAUAGCUAGCCCUAGGCAAAGCAGGCGAGAAUUCGCAAUGAUUCAUGGGAAGAAUCUAAAUCCUCCUCACGAACCAUCCAACAAUCUUAGUCACGUGGCKAGUCCRAGGCAGAGUCGACGAAAUAAUGGACAACAUCCUGAUGGCUAUGGUAACGGGUCACAACAGGGAUAUCAACAGCGGUAUUUACAACAGCAGCAGUAUCAACAGCAGAUACAACAACGACAGCAGCAGCUUCAGCAACAGCAACUACAACAACAACAACAACAACUCCAACGGCAAAGAUUACUCCUACAGCAAGAACAACAGAGACAACAAGAGUUACAACGACAACAGCAGUUACGAGAGCGACAGUUACAACAACAACAGCAUCAACAACUAUUAUUACAACAACAACAACAACAACAACAGCGUGCACAACAGCAAUUUCACCAGCACCAAGGCUAUCAUCAGAACGUGGAUCCUUCACAGUACCCAUCACAAUCACAGUAUGUACAAAGUCACAUCGAACAAAAUCCAUUUAUAAAUUUUAAUAAUUCGAGCAGUCAGCAACAACCACAUGUCCCACGGGCAAAUAUUGUUUCAAAGAGUGACGAACAUUUAAAGCCAUGGCAGCCUACACAUAUGCGCUCGAAGUCGGACCCUAGAGCCGCCAUGGGGCUAGACAUGAAAUACCCAUAUCAUCGUUCACCUAGUGACCCAGAGCUGCAGACUAGUCAACCAGCGACGGACAAACUCAUUGAAAUUGAUACGGCUGGACCAGAGAAAGAAAACUGGAAUCCGUUUAGUCCUUAUUACACUGCUAAAGACAGUGACUUCACCACAGACCCUAACCAAUGUGAUGACGAUUUGGACUUUGCUUCGUUAAGAGACAAUCUACCUGGUAAACAACCAAGUGAUGUUAAUGCUCAAAAUUUUAACCCGAGACGAGACGUUGUGCCUGGAGAACCUGUGAACGACGUUCUCUCUCCCGGGGAACUCCCUCCUGAUAUCGCCACCAAUCCAUUUUUUCAAAACAGCGCUCUGAUUAACGUCGAUGUAAGCUCUGAUUCAAGCGACAGUGGACGUGACAGCCCGAGCCAGCUUCAGCGAGCGGUAUUGCCUCCUUUGUCACCUGGAACCGCUGACCCUUUUGGCGCUGUUCCUUUCAGUUUGCCGAAUGCGAAGCCGAAAAAGGCAGAGCCUGUCUCGCCUGACGUCUUUGGUUCAGCGCCGUUUGAACUUGCAGUUAAUAGGAAUGAAAGUAAACCCGUGGAGGAUAUAAGCGUUGAUAAAUCAAGGCGAGGUGAAGAAUUGAUAUCCUUUGGAUUACAAUUCUCACACAAAGACAGUAGAGGUGAAACGGGACAAGAAUCUCCCAAGAAUCCUUUCGAAUUUGAAUCGUUUAGUACUACGUCAGAGAGUGUUGCUAUGAGAAACAAGUCACGUGACGACAGGGUGUCAAACCAGGCAAGCUUUGAUAACCCUGCUUUGGAUUCAGUCGAUGCUCCGCAUGAUCCCUUUGGUUCGGCGCCUUUCAGUACCGGCAAGAAUCGCGAGACUGCUGCAGAUCCAAAUUUACAUCAAGGUCCCGCAAGAAAUAAACAAGUUGGUGGAAGACCACGACGUCGUUUACCUCAGGUUCCAACAGCGCAGUCCGCUGGAGAACAGUCUGGAAGACGUAAGACUGAACAGAAUUUAGUUUUAGGCCGACCAUCGAAUGCUAGGUAACCGACAGCCUCACGGAGAACAACCCAACAAGAACUUAUCUUGGCCGUCAUAAUGUACCUCAUAUAAACACAUCCUUUAUAAAGUAUACAAGGCUUGUAAUACAUAGCUUCCCAAGGUCAUGGUUAUGUUUUGUUGAU